GCCGCAGUCGCGCGGAGGGAGGAGGAAGCUGAUGAUGAGGAGGAGGAGGAGGAUAAGUGGCCUGGAGGAAGAGGCAGAGGGCCCAUGCGCCAUCUGCUGGGCAAGCUGUUCCCUUCGAGAGCCGCGUCGCGGGAGCCGGAAGCCUGGUGCGUCGAGGGGGCGCCGUGCAUCCGCCUGCGCCAGGGCUUCGGCGCCGGCGAAGAUCCGGUCGUCGCCUCCGGCCUCUGCUCAGGCCGCCAGGGCGCUGGCCGAGUUCGCGGCCCGCGCGCUGGCCGAGGGGCGCGCCGCCCCUCGCGUGCUGGAGCUGGGCUCGGGCACCGGCGCCGUGGGCCUCGCGCUGGCGGCGGCCCUGGGCUCCCGUGCGGGCAGCGGCAGCGGGGACGGGGCCGGCACCGUGGUGCUCUCCGACAGGCGAGGAAGGUGGCGCCCCUGCCCUUCUGCUCGGAGGGCCACGGCGAGGACCUCUCGGACGCGGGCGCCCGGCCGCCGCCGAGCAGCCGCCGGCAGCUGCGGGCGCUCGAGGGCGGCGUCGAGCUGAACCGGGGCCUGCUCGGCGGCGUGGCCGUGCACGUCGAGGAACUCGACUUUGGCAGGCCCCGCGACCUCGGCCGCGUGGUCGCGGCCCGCGGGCCCUUCGACCUGGUGCUGGGUAGCGACAU